CCGCGCGCCGCCCGCCGCCAGCCCCAGCUGCCAUCCCGCGCGACGCCGCCGCCAUGGAGCACUUCAUCGAGACCGUGCGUAGAUACCCAUGCCUGUGGAAUACCACCGCUAUCGAGUACCGCGACCAGGAGCUCAAGGACGCGGCGUGGACUGAGGUGAUGAAGGAGACCGACUUGUCGUCAGUGAAAGAAGUGAAGAUGAAAUGGAAGAAGUUGCGCGACAGCUACAGAGAUGCGUUGAAGCGCGAGAUGUUGGCCAAGGAGCCAAAUAACACAGCGAAGAAGAACUACCCGUGGAAAUACAUGGGACCGAUGCAGUUCCUGCAGCCGCACAUGAGCGUACGCAAGAAGCCGCCGGAGCCUUACCCUGCGCCCCCCGAGUCCGCGCACAACGGCGCGGAGCCUCACUCUUCCGAAGAGUCCGAGUCGGAGGCCGACAACGAUUCCUCGGCGAAACGGAAAAGCUCCGUGCGGCUGGCCGCCAUUGACAGGAAGCUGGACUAUCUGUGCAAGGCGCAGAGCAAGCGGCAGUUCACCGAAGCGCACCUGCACGAGCGUGGCCGCCCCCCACCCGCCGCGCCCGAUCCUCUCGACAUAUUUUUCAACAGCAUGUGUCAGUCGACAAAGCGGUUCCCGUACCCCACGCAAAUCAAGAUAAAGCGGACGCUGUUCGAGGCGGUGUGCGCAGCCGAAGAGGCACUAGUCGCGGAGCAACAGAGCUACGCCAGCCUGUGGGCGCGCGGCGCUGGUAGCUCCUCCACCAGCUCGGAGGGUGGGGAAGGCGUGGAGGGCGAUGGGGAGGGCGGGGAGCGCCGGCCCUCCUGAGCCGCGCUGUUCCGCUGGCUGUACCCGUUGUACGACAGCUACGCGCACUACGUUGCCGCCACAGCGAGCACCACACGCAACGCGCACCCCGCACCGCACGACGCCAUGACUUGAUGCUAAGACCAUUUAGCCCACCAAUACAACAUUAUACGCUCUAAAUUAUCAGUUCCAGUGUGGACAAUUUCUCAUCAUUCAAAUCUCAUUAGCAUUAAUUAAUAGUAUUAAGUAAGAUAAACCAAAUGGUUGUUACCCGGCCUUGCAAUUCAUUUAAAAUCAAUAAUCGUUGCUCAAUUGUUGACUUGUUUACUGUACCUAUUUCUUCUAACAAUAACAUUGCAGGUAACAUUUGGAAAGUAGAAUGUAUGGUUGUAAUCUAAGGGUAUUUAUGUACAGUAUCUCUUAUAUUAAAUAUAUAGUGUAGUAUUAAGUUGUAGUAUUAAGUAAGUGAGAUCCUAUUAGGUAAGUUGUCGCCACUGCAGCGCCAAAUUACUUCGACUUAAUUAGAAUAGACCAUGUUGGUCAAACUGUGUGAAAUUAGAUACGGUAUUAAUUAAAAUUUGAAUUUUGUGAUACAUUAUAUAUGUAAAAAUAUAUUCACGAGGCAAUAAUUCUAGUUAUAGAAUAUCAACGCUGUCUGUAAGUGUAUUAGUGCCCACUAUUGGCCCACUUAUGUCCACUAUUGCCCACUUAUGGGCUAGUGGGCAAUGGUCACCUAAACACAUUGACUGAAUUUAAAAUUUAUAUUGUAUUCGUAAGUAAUUGGAAUGGACUAUGUGACUUCCAGUGAGGGUUUACAUUUUUCCAGUUGUAAUCCAGCGCUGAUUUCAUCGUUGGACUGGAAUAGGGUAAACCGGUCGUUAAGUAAAUGUAUUCUUUAAGAUGGAAAU